AUGAGAUUAUCUGCUAAUAUCCUUUGUGUUAUUUUUUUUUAUUCAGUUUUAUUCUUUUUCUCCAUUUUUUCUAAUUUAAUUCUUCAUUCUUCUAUUUCUGCUUUAUUUCUUUUUUCUUCAUUUAUUUUCAUUCAUCUCAUGGUUCUUCAUUAUUCUUCGCCAUCAUUUUCCGUCAUUCUUUUUUUUCUUUCUUCAAUCUCUUUCAUUUUUGUCAUUUUUCUCUAUUUCCGUUCUUCUUCGUUCUUUUUCAUUCAUUAUUCAUUCUUCUUCAGUUUCCUUCUUCAUUCUUCAUUCAUUAUCAUCCCUCAUUCGGAUCCAUCGCUAUUCAUAAUUCUUUAUAAUUCGUCUUUGAUUUUUUUUUUCAUAUACUUUAUUCGUCUUCUUAAUUCUCCUUCAUUCUUCUAUUUUGUAAUUGUUCAUUCUUCAUCAUUCCUUCUCUUUCUUUUUACUUUUUUUUUUUUUAAUUCUUGA